AUGGAAAACAGUCUUGAAGCAAGUGCGAGCAAACAAGCAAAUCAAGCGGCGUUGAAGCUGAUGAAAUUCUUUUUGUUCAAUUUUCCCUUCAAACCACAAACAGCGUUUUGUGUGUUUUUAAAAAGCUCAAAAACAGAACAAAAUCAAAAUAAGUGCAAUUUGCGCUCACAUGAGCUCGAAAAACAAAAUUGUGGUCAAGGUCAGUGUCGUUUGCUAGUUUUUAUUGUGAUGCAAUUCGAUGAGUUAAUUAAGGAGAGGAAAGUGAAAUUAGAGCGAAGGGUGGAAAAAGAUCUCAAUGAUAUACGCGCUGGCAUCUCGUCGGAAGUCAAAUACAAUUCUGAGAGCUUUGAAGCUUCAGCUCAAAUCAAAUCUUGA